ACCACUGCACCAGUACAACCCAGAAUCCCAGAUCCCUCCUCGGCAUCUCCCUUUCUACGGUGCACGGUACAAGCCUGCAAACUGUACCGUAAGGAAAUGGCAUCCAAGGCCUUCCGCGCCGUCGCCGCCGCCGCGCUCGCCGCGUCCGCCCUCGCGGGGGUCGCGAUGGCCGCCGACGCGCCCGCGCCCAGCCCCACGUCUGGGGCCGCCGCCGUCUCGUCCUCCGUCGUCGCCGCCGUCCUCUGCCCCGCCGUGGCGCUCCUCUUCGGCAGCCUGCGCCACUGAGUGCUCCAGGCCACGGCGAGUUUGUCCCGUUCCUACUUUGUAUGUACUAGUACUAGUCCUAGCAUGUUUCUUCCUACGCUAGCUGCAUCGCAUGUAUGAAUUAUGAUGAUGUAUCUUUACCGAUUCAGAUAUUCUAUAUCGGCAGUUCCUCAGCCGCAGUAGGUAUUUGUUUCAGAAUCAGAGUCACGUCCCUUCCAACCAUUAUGCAUAUUAAUGAUUUUUUCUCUGGAA